CCGCCGCGGACGUCGUCAUCUCUAACCUUCUACCGCCACGACAGACGUCCUGGACAGCACCUCUAACACGCGAGACGACAUAUCCUCCCCCGUAGCUCACCUCGAGAGGCCGCUCCCGGCUCUACCACUGCGCGGACACCAUACCCGCCACCCGAAUCCUCCUCCAGGCAUCCGAUAAGCUCGCCCACCAUGAAGCCUGUUGUCUCUGCCAUGAAUGCAUGGACAUGCAUUGUCGUGUCCAUCUUCGCCAUCGUUAUCCUUUCCGUCAUCGGCGCGCUCUUUAAGACAAACAACCACACAAUGAUGGGCUCAACCAAGGACCCCGAAGACGGAGGUGCCGUUGCCGCGGCUGUGUUCGGCGCGGUGGCCAUAUAUGCGGCAUUCGUCAUAUUCUGCGGCAGUCAAGCAUGGCUACACAUGCGCGAGAGCAGGCGGGGCGCCAUAUCUCUAUCAUGAUCCAAUCCAACCCACCACGACCCUCCUUUCACAUAACACACCAUCCGAACACCCAGAUACCAAUGCGUCUGUCAGAACUCUAGCUAUAGGAUACGGAAAGGCGUUGAUGGCGCCUGCAGGAUUGUAGAUAUCUUCAAUGCAGACGACUUCAAGUCAUGCGCAUGAGUUUUGCUUUUUAGCGGCUUUGGCUAAGCUAACAAACAUAUUUACAUUUACAUCAUGUCAUUUGCCUCUAUAUUCAUAACAGAAUAUGUCUGCAGAGAUUGUACGGCGUGCCAUUUUCAACUUCUAAUCGUUUAGGGGAUGUGCUCAUGGCUUAUCGUCAAAUACC